AUGCUGGUUCAUACUUACUCUGCGAUGGACCGUCCGGAUGGGCUGAACGGCACAGCUGGCGGAGGGCGCCUGUCGCAGCUCUCCUCCCUCAGCCAGGCGGCCUUCUCGGCGGCGGCGGCGGCGGCGCCUCCUCUGUGCCACACGCCUGCCUCGGACUUUCAGCCGCCCUAUUUUCCGCCACCCUACCCGCAGCCGCCGCUGCCCUACGGUCAAACGCAGGAGACGGCUUUCCCCCACCUAGGCGAACCCUACAGCGGUCUUGGGACGCUCCACCAGCACCCGCACCCGCACCAGCACCAGCAGCCCGCGUGGCCUUCCCCCCGCAGCGGCCGCCAGGACGAUCAAGGCCUCCUGGCUCAGACUCACCGAGCCCUGGGCCUGGACCCUCGCCGGGAUUACCCGGGCGUUCCCCGCCUCCUGCACAGCCUACCGGACGGAGCGCACAGCCUGGCUGACGGGCCGCUUGGCCUACACGGGCUGGCGGCACAUCACGGCUUGGAGGAUCUCCAGGCCGUGGACGACACUGGGAUGAGCCUCCUCGAUCAGUCCGUGAUCAAGAAAGUGCCCAUCCCCUCCAAAGCCAAUGGCAGUGCCAUCUCUGCCCUGUCCUUGAAUAAGGACAGCCUGGUCAGUGGUGUGGUCACCAACCCCAAUGAGGUCUUCUGCUCUGUACCUGGCCGCCUCUCCCUGCUCAGCUCCACCUCCAAGUACAAGGUCACCGUGGGAGAAGUGCAGAGAAGGCUUUCACCCCCAGAGUGUCUCAAUGCCUCUCUCCUUGGGGGUGUCUUGCGCAGGGCCAAGUCAAAAAAUGGAGGUCGAUGCCUUCGGGAGCGACUGGAGAAGAUUGGCCUCAACUUGCCAGCAGGGCGUCGGAAGGCAGCCAAUGUGACCCUGCUUACCUCCCUGGUGGAGGGAGAGGCCGUGCACCUUGCCAGGGAUUUUGGCUACGUGUGUGAGACAGAGUUCCCAGCCAAGGCGGCAGCUGAGUACUUGUGCCGGCAACAUGCGGACCCUGCAGAACUACACAGUCGAAAGAACAUGCUGCUAGCCACUAAGCAAAUCUGUAAGGAGUUCUCAGACCUGAUGGCACAGGACCGUUCCCCGCUGGGCAAUAACCGACCAUCUCUCAUCCUGGAGCCAGGAGUACAGAGCUGCCUCACUCAUUUCAGCCUCAUCACUCAUGGCUUUGGGGGCCCAGCCAUCUGUGCCGCGCUCACAGCUUUCCAGAACUACCUGGUUGAGUCACUCAAGGGACUUGACAAAAUGUUCCUGAGCAGCUCGGGCAAUGGGCACCCAGCUGGAGACUCAAAAGCAUCAGAAAAGGAUGUGAAACAUCGGAAAUAAUCUGCCCUGGUCUCCUGCCUCUUCUGCCUUUUGCCUCCUGCCUCUUGCCUCGACUCUCUUCCUCCUGGAGCUCUCCUGAAGCUUGGGAGAGGAGGCCUGAUCCCUUGAGUUUUGGAGGCAGGGGAGGGAAAGAAGGAAAAAAAGGUAGUCUGACUGUUGGGUCUUCCCUGGAGCACAGGCUGGAAAGAGUCUUUGUUCACUUUCAGAGGUAAUGAUUGGAGGAAGAAGGAACAAAAGACGCAAAGAAACCAUGUAACAGUCUGCUGGAAUCAGGAGCAAGAGAAGGAUGUUGGGGGGCUAGGGAGCUUGGAGACCUCACUCCCUCUGUAGAUGGAUUAAUUUUGAAGCUGGGGACGCAGUCAUCCUACAUCACAUGUGCAAUGUUCUGACUUCUCUCUUCCUCUCUCUCUGUGGAAGGGGCUUAGAGAGUGCUGGAGAUGAGGUUUCUG